AUGGAUUGCCACCAGUUGAGUGAUGCUCUUCAAUGUGAAAUAACAGACUCCUCAAACUCAAAGACUGCCUGCCCCUAUAGUCACCUCAGUAUGCCUCAGAAAGCCUCCGACAGCAUUGAGGAUCUCUUUGUGGUUGACAUGAAGGAAAUGGACUCAGAAAAACCUCCCUGUGAACUUGUCAGUAAACGGAAUCUCCCCAAUAAGGUGAAGGUGCCUGCUGGCAGGGGGUUACCGAAGACUGGUCUCCUGAUGAAUGUCCUGGGUAUGGUCUUCAUGAAUGGCAACUGUGCCAGUGAGGAAGAGACCUGGGCCUUCCUGAAUGCCAUGCGAGUGUUCCCUGGAGGAAACAGUGCCCUAUUUCCUGAUUUCCUGUCCAGACUCCUGCCUGCUGUCCCUGACCAUAGUGACAUCAUGUCUGUAGGUCACAGCAGCAAAAAACACCACCGUGCCCAAAAUGAGCCUCAGAGUUGUGGCAAUGCUUGGGCCACUGCAGCAGAAGAGGAGUCCCCUCCUUCCUUCUCUACUCAGCAUGAAGGUAUUUCUUGCCCUGGAUCUUAUGAAGCUUCCAGCGGCCAAAAUGAGCAUGACGCUGUCUCCUCUGCGACCCCACCCUUUACUGGGGUCUCAGUGGUGGAUGAUUUCAAAACCAGGACUGCCUCUUUGGAGCUGUUCCUCCUGACUAAGUACAAGCUGAAACAACUCAUUAUGAAGGAAGACCUGCUGCGUAUUGUUGGGGAAAAGUACGAAGACCGAUUUUCUGAGAUGCUCAAGAAAGCCUCUGAUCAAAUAGAAACUGCCUAUGCAUUAUACAUCAAUGAAGUCGAUUCAAGCAAUUACUCCUAUGCCCUUGUCAGCAAACUAAAACUCCCCAAUAAUGGGAGGGUGCGUCCUGGCAGGGGCCUCCCCAAAACCGGUUUCCUGAUGCAUAUCCUGGGUAUGAUCUUCAUGAAUGGCAACUGCGUCUCUGAGGAAAAGAUCUGGAAAGAACUGCGUCUAAAGCGAGUGUACGCUGGGAGGAAGCACUUCAUCUUUGGGGAGCCCAGGAAGCUCCUCACCGAUUUUGUGAGGCUGAAGUACCUGGAGUGCCGCCAGGUGCCCCACAGUGAUCCUCCAUGUUCUGAGUUCCUGUGGGGUCCAAGAGCACACCUUGAAACCAGCAAGAUGGAAGUGCUGGAGUUUUGUGCAAAGGCCAAUAGUACCCACCCCAGUGACUACCCAUGCUGUUAUGAAGAAGCUUUGAGAGAGGAGAAAGAGAGAGCCCGAGCCAGAGAGGCAGCUGGGGCUGCCACUAUUGCCCAAGUCACAGCAGCUUUCAGGGCCAUGGCCAGCACAACCUUUCUACCUGUAGAGGAAUCUAAAGCUUUUUGCCCUUCAGACCAGAAUAUAUAG